AUGCGACUUAUCUCCUCGCCACACAUCGCAGCCUCCUCAAUAAGCUGUCGGAAUGUGGAGUCUCAAGGCGUUGGAGCGGGCUCUGCCUGCCACCCGCGGCGUCCGUGUGGCGUUCGCUAGCUCUGCUGCUGCUGCUGUGCCCGCCUUCGGAGGUGUUCGUCUUAACAACCUGCGCGACAAUGACGGCGCCCACAAGCGUGGCAAGCGUCUGGGUCGUGGUAUCGGCUCAGGUAAAGGCAAGACCUCUGGCCGCGGACACAAGGGACAGAAGGCGCGCUCGGGCGGCAGCUCCGGUCGCGGACCUGGCUUUGAAGGCGGCCAGACACCGUUGUACCAGCGCGUGCCGAAGCGUGGCUUCAACAACAAGUUUGCUACCCCCAUGGAGACCGUGAACCUGGACAAGCUGCAGCUUUUCGUGGAUAUGGGACGCCUGGACGCCAGUAACAAGAUCACCAUGAAGGAGAUUGUGGACUCUGGACUCGUGACUUGCUCGCGCGUUAAGCACGGCAUUAAAUUGCUCGGAAACGGCAGCCAACACCUCACGGCCAAGCUGGACAUUGAGGUCUCGCAGGCCUCCGAGUCGGCUAUUAAGGCCGUGGAGGCGGCCGGUGGCAGCAUCACAUCAGUCUACCACAACCGCCUGGCGCUGCGUGCGCUGCUCAAGCCGCACAAGUUCGAGACACUCCCGCAGCCGGCACGUCCGAAUCCCAAGAAGCUCACGUACUACACCAACUAUGAGAAGCGUGGCUACCUGUCGCCGGAGAUUCAGGUCAAGAAGGCGCUCGCCAACGCUAGCAACUCGGAAUAGACAUGUGAGAUGGAGAAGAAGACAGAAAAAGACAGAGGAGAAGUAUACUGCGCUACAGUGGGGAGAUGAAUGGAGAUUGUGCUUCACUUUUGAACCAAUGCGCUUGAUUUUCGGUUUUGCUUUAUGAAGAAUGCUAACAGUUAUUGAUCCUUCUUGUCGCUUUUACGUUGUUUUGCUCGUUUCCAACGUGAAUAUUCGAC